AUCUAAAGGGAGAGAGGCAGAAGACAGAAGACAGACAUAUAUAAGUGUCCCGGAUGUAGGAAAAUGCUCUUUCCAUUCACUGUCUGUAGCGAGUGAAUGGCAAAGACAAUACCUCUAAUUUACCCGAUUAGGAAACGGCAACAAACACCCACCUGUCGGUGACAAUUAUUCACCAUCUCCAUUUGGUGCAUCCAAUUCCCAAUUCAUCUCUGACCAUUGUCCCUCAUUUACCUAUGCCGAAAAAGUCCACCAAAAAUGAGCCACAACAACUACAACCACCAGAUAAAUGGCCCCUUCGACAAGAACCAUAGCAUCCCACCCCCCUUCCCCAACCAAAAGCCACAGUUAACACUCACCCAUAAGAAGAAAACAAAGCUGGAAGAUCUGCACAAUGAAAAGUUCUUCCCACCCUACUCGAAACUCCCACGAACCAACGACCUGGCGCUGGAAUACUACGACUUCUACCGCACAGAAGAUGGGCCCAUGUGGGCACCCCGCAAACAUUGGUGCUUUCUUGCGGAGAUCCUAGUGGUCAAGCAGAAGUCACCGACGUGUCCAUUUAGCGUUAUCGUGCGGGAUAAAGAGGGGCAGAAGUGCGAGAUUUUCUUCGACACGGAUGAUCAUGGGGAGUAUUUCCGGUGUUGUCGAUGGAAGCGUGGAGAUAGUAUUGCUGUCUUGUAUCAGCAUCGGGGGGAUACUGAUCCCACGGAUGAGGCGAGGAAGUUGGUGAUGGAUCCGGAGGACAUUGAGAGGCAGAGGGAAAGGGAGAAGAAUGAGAAGAUGCAGUUGUCUUUGGAUAUGAGUUUUUUGAUUAGGGGAAUCCGUUCGUCGCUGGAGGGCUUGUUCCGAUUGAACGAGAAGGUGCGUUUCUUCGCUAAAAAGACCCGUGGGAUGAGGAGAUGUCAUGGAUGUGAUCGUUUGAAGGCGGGGCUGAAGACAUGCGCGAAGUGUGGGUUCUUCUGGUACUGUAAUGAGAACUGUCAAAGUAUCGGCUGGAUGGAGAAAGGUCACAAGGAGGACUGUCAGCUCCUGCGAGACUGUGACCUGCAAGAAAUGUUUGAGAUGGACUGGAAUUCAUAUUGCUGCUAUAAGAAAUUCCCACUGCGGAGAUAGUUGGAAUCUUCAUUCAUUGACGAGCUUAUUGGAGCCGGAAUCAAAGCGAGGCGUU